AUGUGGAUUAUCAACUGGUUCUAUGAUAUUCUCGCCUCCCUGGGCUUGUUAAACAAGCAUGCUAAAUUGCUAUUUCUCGGUUUGGAUAAUGCGGGAAAGUCAACUUUAUUGCAGAUGUUGAAGAACGGUAGAGUUGCGCUAUUGCCACCAACUGCGCAUCCGAAUUCAGAAGAACUCUCCAUUGGCAACAACACUUUCACGACUUUUGAUUUGGGCGGUCACGUUCAAGCUCGCCGCCUCUGGAAAGAUUAUUUUCCCGAAGUUAACGGGAUCGUUUUCAUGAUUGAUGCCGUCGACUACGAACGUUUCCCCGAAGCCAAACUCGAGCUCGAUGCCCUUCUCGCCAUGGAAGAACUCGCCAAGGUUCCUUUCUUAGUUCUUGGUAACAAGAUUGAUAAUCCAGCGGCCGUUUCUGAGGAUCAGCUCCGCUCUGCGUUGGGCUUAUACCAAACAACUGGAAAAGGGAAGGUUCCAUUGGAGGGAACUAGACCGAUUGAAGUGUUUAUGUGUAGUAUUAUUGCACGAUCUGUUGCUAUUUCUAUCCGACUAUUGGAUCUCCUUGGGAUCUCUUCCUUCUGA